UUUUUUGUUGUUUUUUUUUGCACAUGGACUCUGUUUUUUGUAACAAUAAUAAAGAAUUGUAUUGUCAUCUGUCAAUCAUCUGAUGUUUGGUUUACCUUUAAGAGAAAGUACAAGAUCAUUUGGGUUGGAUGGUGUCACUUAAUUUUAUACUUGACAAGAUAUCCCAAGCCAGUUGCCCCUUAAACAAUAAUCAAAUGUAAUUAUCCUACAAGCAAGGUCUAUCCUGUCUUCAGCUCUGUCAGGCUGAUUAACUUCCUCUGUAUUUCAUAACAUUCUGAGUUGUGGAGAAACAAAAAAAAGAAAAAGUUCAUUGUCUAUCCUCUUGCAGCUUUCGCUCCCUUCAUCCAUCAAACCCUCCCUCUUUAUUUUUCAUCCCCCUCUCCACCUGCCCUGUGCCACCCUUCCAUUUGUCCAGUGAGGUCAUCGCUCAGUUCUCCCUAAUCCUGCGAGGUGCUCGUCUUUCCGCCUUUGCUUAAUCCACCUGUGGCCUGUAGCCCUGACCACACACUCACACACAUGCACCUACACAGAUGCAUAUGUGCAAAGUCUUGCAGUUAUUCUUGUAUUGUAUGCUCAGACUCACAGUAAUUCCACAGCAUGUAUCCACACAUAGUUAUUGGACACACACACAUACUGCUCAACUCUUGGUAUAAAGUUGCCUCUGCUUCUGUCUUUGGCUGUCAUCCUUUUGUCUGAGUCUUGUGUUCACUUGUACUGCUCCUUCAUACAGCCAUGUCUGAUGUAGAAGAGGAAUACGAGGAGCAGGUUGAGGUUGAGGAAGAGCAGGAGGGUGAGCUGGAGGAGCUUGAUGAGACUGAGCAGGCGGAGCAGGUGGAGGAAGAUGGAGAAGAGCAGCAGGAGUACCAAGAUCAAGAUGCCCAGGAAGGAGAGGAGGAGCGUCCAAAGCCCAAGCCUAUGGUUCCCCAACUUGCUCCUCCUAAAAUACCUGAGGGUGACAGGGUAGAUUUUGAUGACAUCCACAGAAAACGCAUGGAGAAGGACUUACUGGAGCUGCAUACUCUGAUUGACGUACAUUUCGAGCAGAGGAAGAAAGAUGAAGAAGAACUUAUUUACCUUAAGGAACGAAUUGAACGACGUCGGUCAGAGAGAGCUGAGAUCCAGAGGGUUAGGGCGGAGAAAGAAAAGGACAGACAGAACAGGAUUGCGGAAGAGCGUCACAGAAAAGAAGAGGAGGAGGCCAAGAAAAAGGCCGAUGAUGAUGCCAAGAAAAAAAAAGUUCUGUCUAACAUGGGAGCCAAUUUUGGAGGAUUUCUAGCCAAGGCUGAAACAAGGAGAGGUAAACGCAUGACAGGCAAAGAGAUUAAAAAGAAAACUCUGGCUGACCGGCGGCAGCCUCUAGAGACUGACAAUUUGAGGGAGGAUGGCCUUAAAAAAAGGGCUCAAGACAUGUGGAACUGGAUCUACCAGCUGGAAUCUGAUAAGUUUGAUUUUAUGGAGCAGAUGAAACACCAGAGAUAUGAGAUCAUUGUGUUACUGAACAGAAUCCAACAUGCUCAGAAAUUUAAAAAGGUCAAGGGGAAGGUGGGCGGUCGCUGGAAAUAAAACACAAACAAUAGGAUUUUGGAAACGCAUGAGACAUAUUGGAAACUGUAAGAAGGAAAUGAACUAGCCCCAAAUUCUGCAGGCAUUUUCUUUUAAAUGAAAAUGUUGUCUCUUGAUAAAAUAAAUUGCCAAUAACUAAACUCAUUUGAUGAAG